AUGACUUUGCCGCAAUUUUUGUUCGGCCCCACCAUGAAUCAUGCCACUUCUUUCUUGAACCUACCUCCGUACAAAGAGGGUGUUAGCUAUACGAGUAAGAUUUUUUAUUUUUGUUUUAAAAACGACUUAUAUUUUGAUUUUUACUUAAAAAUCAAUCAAUUUUUUUGAAAAAACUUUUUAGAUAACAAAAAUAUGUUAAUUUUAACCUUCAUGUUUAAGCUUCAAGAUCAAACUUUGUAUUAUUGUGUUCUUUGUAACAUUUCAAAUUACUGUUCUUUGUUUUAAAUUGAUAUUAAUGAUAUGUUCCAGCUUAAAAAUUACCUACAUUAACAUGUUUCAGGUGUAAAAGUUUAAAACAUUGCAAAAUAUACAAACGUACCUAGGAUUUUAUAUCCUGGUUGACUAAUUGCAAAUAUCUUUCAGAGAACUUAGACAUAUAAACAUUUAAAAUUUAAAGUUUAAAAUGAAAAAAGCCGUACUGAAAAACCUUAUCGUACUGAAAAAACCUUAUCGUAUUGACAAAUCUUAUUGUACUAUAUUAUAAAGUGAUACUAUAAAAUCACAUUAAACCUCAAAAAACUACGCUUAAAAACCUUAUCGUACUCAAAAGCCACCUAAAAAAUUAUUUUACAAAACAUUUCAGAUCACCUAUAGUAUCCGCAGGCCCCUUUUCUAAAUUCCGCUUUUUUCAGAACGUGUGCCAAAUUGCCAGAAAUGCGGUCAACACGGGCGGAAGUCGCGUCUGAAGGGCCAUAAGCGCGUGUGCCCAUUCAAGGACUGCAACUGUCCCAAAUGCCAAGUGGUCAGCGAACGCCAAAAGCUAAUGGCCGACCAAAUCAAGAUCCGUCGCCGUCAACGCAAAGAUACCAUCAUGAAUUUGACCAGAGAGAAGAUCACGGCCACAUUGAACGCCGCCGCGGCAGUAGCGGCCGUUCCAGUUCCCGGCUUCCCGCAAUUGAGUGCUUUGUGUAAGUUUUUUUGAGUUUUUGUGGGUCUUACCGGUCGAUAUUUUAGAAAAUUACCGGUCGAUAUUUUAGAUGAAACCUUGAUAAGAUGUUUUACGAAAUUUAUAGUUAUCAAAUUUUUUAAAACUGCCAAAAGUUUCAAGCAAAAAUCUUUUAAGAUUCCAAAAACGUAUGUUAAUUACCAUGACAUUUGGGAAGUGUUUAUCUCCCCUCCCUUUCGUUAGGACUUGUUUUUUCAACGUAAAGUGCGUAUAAAGUGCACGUUUCGAUUAUUUGGAAACAUUUGAGCCAUAAUAAAUUUGUUUACUGUCUGGCCCACUUCCGCGCCUUUUUUCUAAUUACCUCAGGGCUUUAAAUUAGAGAUCGUGUUUAAAGUUUUAUAUGAUUACACGCUUGUGACGUGUUGAAUUACAUUAGACACUGUUGUUACAUCGUUCAAACACGUAUUUCCUUUAUGUAGUACGUAUUAGAAAAGUUUUUGUCUGACAUUGGGGUAAGUGUAGGUUGAAGAACGGUUCACAUUCAUACUUUUAAACAAUUAUAUUUAAUUAAAUAGAGGUAAAAGGUUUACAAUACACCUUCACGUGUAAGUCAUAUACCUUAAUAUGUCAGCUCCCACAGACGUAUGCACUUGCCGUGUUUUUGUAUGGAUUAAGAGUGUAACAAGUCUGUUUCUUGUUUUUAAGCUAAUAGUGCAAAUGUUAAAGAUUAGGCUGUCGAAAAGUUCUUUAUUAUUGUCUGUGCAUUAAGUGGGGGUGUGUGUCUCAUAUAAAAACAACUAAAUUUACUAGCUCAUGAAGUUUGAAUCUUAAGGGUACAAACAAAAAAAUGGCAAUAAAAACAAAAAUUACUGUAAGAUAUAUAAUUAAACAUAAUUCAAAAUUAAUACAGACACAUAUAUUAACUAAAACUUUUUUCAGACUCCGCUGCAGCUACCGGAAAUGUAAACCCAGCCGCCUUCACCCGCCCACCCAUGCCCAACCCUUUGGGUCCACUAGGUAUGCCCGGACUAAAUAUGGCCGCUCUCACCCAAGCCGGCCUCGACAACCGCAGUUCCCCAUUGAGCAUGAACAGCCUAGCUACCAUCUCUUCAUCACCUCAAACAUCUACUAUAAUGUCGCCGCCUUCAACUCUAGGAAUGACGAUUCCUUCACAUGCAUCUAGUCCAGUUCUUUCCUCAACUUCCUCGGCCGACUUGACUCCACCACAAUCGGCCGGUCUUUCUGCACCUGUAGCCAUCAACUCACUCAUGAAUCCGGCUUCAUCUAACCCCGGGUUGCUGGACAACCAGCAAUUGUUGCAACUUUUGUUGUUGUGUCAACAAACCCCACAACAAUCGGCCGGCUUAGGCCACAAUAGCAUGGCCCAGACCACGUUAAAUCAGCCAAUGGUUUCGAAUCCCACUUCACCCACUGGAAACAUGGACAUGAGCGAACAGUUGCAACAAUUGUUGGCUUUGGCUGCCAUGAAUCAACAGACAGUCCAACAACUUAGCCCACCUCCAGAAGACAUGAAGAAGUUCAUUGACAACAUUGACUCGGGGUCAGAGAAGCAUUCUUCAUCGGAAGGUGGUGACGAUGAAGAAGGCAAUGAUGACGUCGAUGUUGUCUAA